AUGUAUACAAGGAUACAGUUUCUACUUGCGCUUCCAAUUACUUUGGCCUGCGAUAAAGCUUCUCUAAACACCACAAACGUCACUUACGGCGUUAUUGAUGAUGGCAGGUCAAAGAGAAGCACAUCAUGGGACUGGAUAAGAAUCGAGUUGUAUUACGACGAAUCUGUUGAGGCAUUAGCCUCCGAAAAACUAAUGAUUCUGAAGCGAUUAAUAUCCCAAGCACGAGAUUAUUUCGAAGAUACCAUUAAAGUCGAGAGGGUGCGGACGCUACAACUUCAGCCAGAAUGUUCUGGUGGCACGUAUGUCCGAAAUAAAGACUUUGUGAAGUGUGGCACUGACUGUAUUCCUGGUUGUGGGACCGCAGUGGCUCCAGUAAACACGAAGAUCUUUGUGAAAUGUAAAUGCGAGAAUCGACAAUGUUUGACAAACUUCGAGGAAUACGUAGGAACACUCAAUUAUGCUGAUUUCAUUCUAUUCGUGGCCAUAAGGGAAGGAAUUUGUGACGAACACACGCUCGCCUACGCUUCACGCUGUAGUUUACAUCCUGUCACUAAAAGGCCAAUAUCCGGUUACGUGAACAUUUGCCCGUAUUCAUUCGGUAAAAUGCAAAGAAACGAGAUGACGCGCUGGUUGUCCAUGAUUAAGCACGAAUUGGUUCAUGCUUUUGUGUUUUCGGUGUCACAUUUCACGAAUUUUAUUGGUGCAAAGCCAGCAACACAACAUAAACCUCUACCUAUUGUACCUGGUGUCAUCGAGAAGUUCACACGUGACGAUUGGGAAGUCUCUGGAGGAAAGAUAUCUCAUGACGUAUAUAUGAUUGUUACGCCAAAAGUUCGAGAAGAAGCGCGAAAACACUUCGGAUGUCCCACUCUAGAAGGUGCUGAAGUGGAGAAUCAAGGCGGUACUGGCACGGCCGGAUCUCAUUGGGAAAAACGUGUCUUUGAGAACGAAGCGUUGACUGGGGUUGCUACUCAAGUGUACGCCCUCUCGCGUCUCACUCUGGCUCUUUUCGAAGAUUCUGGAUGGUAUCAAGUGAAUUACGAUAAAGCAGAAAAUAUGACAUGGGGUAAAGGGCUUGGCUGCGAUUUUGCGAAGAAAAGCUGUUUGUCAUGGAUGAAAGGUUCGAAAGACCCAUAUCCCUUCUGCACGCGAGCCCUUGAUAUGAGGUGUAACGCAGACCGAAAGUCUAAAGUCAGUUGCAACAUGAUAAGAAGAAAUGAAGAUUUGCCAAAAGAAUACGACUAUAAUAUUCCAAAACUCUACAAAGACCACAAAAAUCGAAAAGUUAUUGCUCAAGGAGGAGAGAUGGUUGCCGAUUAUUGCCCUUAUUACAGAGUGUUCGGUCAAAUAUCAAAAGAAGCUACUGACACGCGCUGCACGUACUCAGGGAACAUGUACUACAACAAUUACUCACUAGAGAUCUUUUCUCGAAGUGCUCGCUGUUUUUCCUUGCAUAAAGGAGUUAAAGUCAGAAAGAAGAUACGUACAACCACAUAUCAUCUCAACGUAGGUUGCUAUGAGACGUCCUGCAAGGAGAAUCUUUUACACGUGAAAGUUCAAAGCUCUAAAUUUUAUCCAUGUUACUACACUGGGCAGUUUGUGCACGUGGAAAAGCAUGUUCUCGGCGUUGGCAAAGUAAAAAUCCGAAUAAUAUGUCCACCUUGUCAUGAAAUUUGUGGAACAAAUUGUUCGGCUGAGAAAAAGCACAAGAAUAAAAUUGGCGAUUACAAGGGGAUUUCGUGCAGUUUAGGAGUGCUCUCAUGCUUGAUUGUUUUGUUAUUGUUUUAUUCAUAG